GGGGCGCGGCGCCGCCCUCCCGGUGCGGCCGCCGCCGGUGGCUUCCGGGCAGCGCGGCGGAAGUGACGCGAGGCGCGGCGGCCGGGAUGGCGGCGCCGAAGGUGAAGCAGGACAUGGCGCCGCCCGGCGGCUACGGGCCCGUGGACUACAAGCGGCACCUCCCGCGCCGCGGCCUCUCAGGUUACAGCCUCUUCGCGCUCGGCGUCGGCAGCCUCCUGCUGGGCUACUACACCAUCGUCAAGUGGAACCGGGAGCGCAGGCGGUUGCUGAUCGAGGACCUGGAGGCGCGGAUCGCGCUGAUGCCGCUGCUGCAGGCCGAGGCUGACCGCAGGACCCUCCGUAUGCUGCGGCAGAACCUGGACGAGGAGGCCAAAAUCAUGAAGGACGUUCCCGGCUGGAAGGUCGGGGAAUCCGUGUUCCACACCGACCGCUGGGUGCCGCCGACGCUGGACGAGCUGUACUACCUGCGCUCCCCCGCCGAGAUGGAAGCCGAGAAGUUCGGGCUGCAGUGCUACGUCUGAGCCCCCCCCCCCCCCCCCCACACACACCCCCCCGCCACCUGGGGGGGUCCUCUCUGCCCCCCGGGGGUCCUCUCUGCCCCCCGGGGGUCCCCGUCCUCAAACACCCCGCAUUAAACCCGUGUGGAUAUGCG